AUGUAUAAAACAUUUACGUCAUACAAAAAGCACAUUCAUCGGCAUCAUGAAAAUUUACUUCAUCCAGUAUGUCAACAACAAGAAAAUACCGUUAUUAAUGAUAUGAAUACAUUAGCAAUUCAGCAACCUGAUGCAACAGUUAUAUAUCCAGAUACAGCUGAUAAUAAUCAUGACAAUGUUAUAUAUGCAGAUUUUGAUGACGAUCUUGAUAAUCAAUGGAACACUCUAACAACAAAUAUUUCUAGUAAAGAUGAAAAAAUAAAUCUUCUUACAGUUCAACAACAAUUCAUCCGAUUUUUACUUGAAAUGAGAGAAAAACACAUUUUGCCUCAAACAGUGAUCCAAUCCAUUACAACACAUAUAAUCAAUUUACUAGAUAGCGUAGUUGAGCUUGUAGAAGAACAAGCAAAACAAGAAAAUAUGACUCAACAACAAUCAACAACAACUAUUUCUGUUAAUGGAAUGCGCAAAACAGUAAAGCAGAUAGAACAAUCAAUUAUUCUCUCAACUCGAAAUGAAUAUCAAUUUAUACAAUCUUGUCAAAAGUUUUUCAAUUAUUCACCACCUAUAGAAAAUGUUUUAUCAUCAAAUCAUUUGAAAAAAGAAUAUUCAUAUCAUAUACCUAUACGAAACACUUUAGAGAAAAUUUUACAAAAAGAUGAAAUGAUACCACUUCUAAUUGAUAAUAUUCAACAUCAAACUUCAAUAACACAUAAUGAUCCAGAUUUAAUGUUUUCAAGACGGGACGGUGUUAAAGGUAAAAUAUUUAAAAAUCAAUCAUUUUUAAUUCAAUUAUAUGUCGAUGGCAUCGUUGUUACAAAUCCGAUAGGUCCGAAGAAGGACCAACACAAAUUGACACUUGUAUACUUCAUGUUAGAAGAUAUACCGAAUAUCUUUCGAUCUACAUUACAAUGUAUUAAUCUUGCAGCUAUUUGUUACACAAAAAACCUGAAUAAUGAUGAAAAACUUAGAAAAUUUUAUGAUCCGAUUGUAAAUGAUUUGAAUGAUUUGCAAUCUACUGGUUUAAUAUUUGAUACAUUUAACAGUCAGUUACAUUUUACAUUUACGACAAUUGCUGCUGAUAAUUUAGCAGCACAUGAAAUCGCUGGUAUGCAACAAACAUUCAGUUCCGGAUAUUUUUGUAGGAGAUGUUUAAUAACCUAUGAAAAUCGACUUAUACCAUUAACCGAUAUUCACUUCAUUCAACGAACACAUCUUCAACAUACAAAAUGUUUACAAUUACUUGAAAAUAAUCCACACAUAAAAUCAAUGUAUGGUGUUAUUGGUCCAAGUCCACUUGAUAAUUUAAUAAAUUUUGACACAACUGCUUCUCUUCCUGGAGAUGUGAUGCACGAUUAUUUCGAAGGUGUAUGUCCGAUCAUUAUCAUGGCGAUGUUAAAGGAAGCAUCAAAUUUAAAGCUGAUUACUUUUGCUGCUAUUCAGGAGAGAACAGAAAAUUUUUCUUAUGGUGAAUUAGAUGCAUCAAAUAAACCUCCUUCUAUACAAGUUAAACAUCUAAACAAUGAUCGUAUUACUGGAAGUGCAGCUCAAAAAUUCUAAAGAAAAAAGUUAUUUUCGUCGAAAACAAACGAAAAACCAACAUCAUCAUCAACACCAAAUGAUACAGCAUUAUUAAUUAUAGAUGAAAAUCAACAAGAUCAUGAACAUGAAAAUCAAUCAGCAGAAGCAUCAAUAAAUGUAUCAUCUAUCGAAACUAUUAUUACAACUGAAAAUUUAACAGAAAAAUCUCUUCCAGAUCCUUAUUUAUUACCAGUGUUACCGAGUCAAGUCAACGAUGCAAUUAAUCUUAAACAAAUGGAAAAAUUUGAAAAACUUUGCAACUUUCGUUCAAUUAUUAUAGAUGCUGUUUUUCAUGAUUUGAAAACAAAUUAUGGUUUGAUAUAUCCGACACGAGAACAAUAUACAACAAUUGUUAAUGGAAUACUUAAUCAUUUGAAGAUUGAACGUGAUCCAAAAACAUCUACAUCAAUCAUUCAAGAUACACCUAAUGAAAUACAACAAAUGGAAGAAAAAGCUGAAACACUUAAAACAAAUUUUCAAAAUAAAUCAAUUGAUGAUCAACAUUAUCAACGGUUGUGGCUUGAAACUUUUGAUUAUCGACAAAAUUUUAUCAAGGAAAACACAACUGCAGAUAUUAUGGAACGUUUUCCUGUUUAUUCAAAUCCAUCUAUGAUAUUGACAGAUGUUAAAUUAUUAACAGGUGUAGAUUUGGAUCAUUCUGUUAAAGAAAAAAUGAAUUUGCUUUCUAAUAAAAUUUGUUCUAAUGAUAAAUUUUUAACAGGUAGGAAAAAAGUUUAUAGUAUACCAAACAGUAAUCUUGUUUAUUAGAUGAUCCAAUUGUUCGUUGUUUUAAAGUAUUAUGUAGCAUACUAAACGACUCAUGGAAACAUUACAUUUGCUUUUAUCCUGAUGUAAGUUAUCUGAAAAUUUUUUUAAAUUUUCCGAAAUAUCGCAAACAUGAAAAGAAUAGAAGAAGUUAGUUAUAUUUGGUCUUGUGUUCUAGUCAGCUAGGUAGUCUUCUUAGCUUGAUUGAGAGACAUCGCUUAUUACUUUAGUUUUUCUUUAUUUCUGACUACUACAGACUUUCUAUCAAUGUUAUGGUUCUUUGCUUUAAACUUUCUUAAACAUGCGGAUAUUAGCGGGCCAUAAAUGUUAUUCGAUCAAUCGGAUAUUUUAAAGUAUCAUGCA